UAUGCUUUGGAUGGCCAUUCUGGGCGCCAUAUUGGUAUGGUCAGCAGCCCCCGGCGCCGCUAACUCUUCGAAGAAAAGAGAACAAGCAUUCCAAAUCAGUCCGAAGCCUUGUUGGGUGGAUGGUCAGGAAGGCACUUGUAUGUUCGUAUACGAAUGCAUAAAGUCUGAAGGUUACCAUAUAGGAAUGUGCGUUGAUACAUUUAUGUUUGGUUCCUGUUGCGCCCACAAUGCAACGGAUAAUACAGUGAUGCCACAUCUCCUCAAUAGGCCACAUGUGCUAUACACACAUCCUAGUCAAAAUAGUCAUCAUAGCAAUAAUAAUCCAAGCAAACCACCAAGUCAUUAUAGUACUAGUAAACCAAAACCAGCAAGUCGACCCCAGGCGACAAAUUACUCAACCAGACCUCCAGUGGGAUCGUCUUUGCAAACCGUGGCGCCAUCUCUUAGCGACAAAGUGGGGGUUUCGUCCAGGCUACCGACGCAGCCUCCAAGGCACAGCAUUCGACCGAUGAGCACGGAUAACUUUCCAGUAUCGAACAGCAUCAUGAUCUUCACCAAGCCUGGCUGGCAGAUGACAACUGAGCCAGCUUUCAUCACUUCCAACCACAAUUCUAUAAACCACGGCGACGAGCUCAAUCUGCAGUGGCAAUUUACUACGGAAUCUGGUUCUGUAACGAGAGGAAAGAAGCCUACGAAGCCUAAAAACAAGCCUACGAAGAAGCCAUUGCAGGGUAUUCCUGAUAAAUAUACCAUGAAAUAUGGAGUUAAAACUACUUGGCCAACUUCAACCAAGAG